GUCUCAACUCUUCCGAGCUUAGUCCCUGGAUCGCCAUGCGGCCGGUGAGCGUGUUCUGUGAUACGAUCGUUUUUAUGAUCCUUAGGUUGACCUCGGCCCGAGCAGAACUGAAGCCCAGUUGCGAAAGUGCCGUUUUCUGUCAUGGCGAUCUUCUUCACACAGUUCAGACCCUGAGGAUUUUUCCAGAUCAGAAGACUUUCGUCGACCUGCAGCUCAAAUAUCCCGAGGAAACCGUUCUUAACAAAUUUGCGGCUCUGCAGGACAAAAAUGCUGACACUGUAAAACAAUUUGUUUCUGAAAAUUUCCUCAACUGCACUACCUCUGAGAACCAGUGUGAAGAGCUUGAUAGAUGGGACCCGCCCGAUUGGACGUCGAAUCCGUCGAUAAUCAACAAAAUAACUGUGAAGCAAUAUAGACAAUGGGCCGUAGACUUGAAUAACAUUUGGAAGGAGUUAGGUCGCAUAAUGAACAACAAAGCGAAACAGCAUCCAGAGCAUACAUCUCUCAUCUAUGUACCAAAUGGUUUUAUAGUCCCAGGAGGUAGGUUCAGGGAGUUGUACUACUGGGACACAUUCUGGAUAAUUAAUGGUUUAUUAAUCUGUGAUAUGGAAACAACUGCAAAAGGUAUUAUCGAAAAUCUGCUAAGCCUUGUCAAACAAAGAGGACACGUACCGAAUGGCAGUAGAGUUUAUUACUGGGAAAGAACUCAACCACCUAUGCUCAAUCUUAUGGUCGACUCGUACUACAAAAGAACCAAAGAUGAACAGUUCAUCAAAGACAACCUUGAGUUGCUAGACCAAGAGAUGCAAUACUUCCUAACCAACAGGCAAGUUUCCGUCAAGAAGGAUGGUCACGAAUAUAGCAUGUUCAGAUACUAUGCACCUUCUGCAGGCCCACGGCCAGAGUCGUACUACCAGGACUACACGUUAGCCUCAGAUUUAAACACUCUAGAAGAGAAACAGAGACUGUACACAAAUCUCAAAUCAUCUGCAGAGUCUGGAUGGGAUUUCUCGACCAGAUGGUUCAUCAAAGACAAGACAAAUAAUGGUACUCUUAUUGAUGUUCACACGGAAAAUAUAAUCCCAGUCGACUUAAACGCUAUACUCCACAAGUGCUUCGUCCUCCUCUCAACCUGGCACAAGACGAUUUCUAAAGAUGACGACAAAUCCCAUUUCUAUGGGAACUUAGCAAAUAAUCUUCAAAAAGCUAUAGACAAUGUGUUGUGGAAUGAGAAAAACAGCGUAUGGUUCGAUUAUGACACGCUGAACAACAAGCAAAGGGAAUACUUCUACAUGUCGAAUUUCGCACCUCUUUGGACCAAGUCGUACGUCCGAAAUAAAUCAAACUUGGCAAAAGGCGUUGUGAAAUACAUUAAUAAAAACGCGUUGUUCGACUAUUUUGGAGGUACACCGACAUCUUUGGUUUAUUCCAACGAGCAAUGGGAUUAUCCAAACGCUUGGGCACCUCUCCAGGCGUUCCUCAUCCAGGGCUUAGAGAGAACUGAUACGGCUUUGGGUUCAACCGUUGCGUCCCACUUUGCAAAUGUAUGGCUCCAGUCCAACUACAAAGGGUUCAUAGAUGAACGUAAAAUGUUUGAAAAAUACGAUGCUACGAGCUUUGGGAAAUCUGGAACUGGUGGUGAGUACGAGGGACAGGCGGGAUUUGGAUGGACAAACGGCUUCGUAUUUGAGCUUCUCGAGCAUUACUUUGAAUCUUCAACAGAACACAGUUGAAUAUAUUUAAUUUAUUAUUUUAAGUAUUUCAAGAUAUAUAACUAUGUGAUAUCAGUUCAGAGUUCCUCAAUGGACUCAACGAAUUUUUAUAUGUUCAGCAUGAUUGUCAACUACAAGUAUAUGCUUCAAACUAUUUCCGACCAAAGAUUUAUUGCUUUUUUGUAUUGUAUUGCAAUAUACCAAAAACAUGUAAAAAUAAAA